CGCUGUUUAUACUAGACAACAGUUUUUACUCUUAUGUCAGGUUGGUAUGCUUAUCACGACGAACGGGAUUCUUAGUCGACGACUAGAUUAUAUUUACAACCACCACCAAGACUAUCUCUACCACCACCAAAUCUUUCUCAGCUAGUCGGCUUUAGUUUACAUAGCAUUAUGGAAGACGGAGGAAGUAAGUGCUGCGCUUGCGGUCCCGGCUAUGCUUCGCCUCUCGAAGCUACAAAAGCCUCCCCGGAAAAACUUUUGUACAUAACAUGCAUCCAAGGGGAAAAGGGGAAACAUGAUUACGUGGCCACGAUUGAUGUUGAUCCAAGCAGCCCAACGUAUAGUCAAGUAAUUCACCGAACGAUUAUGCCUUAUGCGAACGACGAAUUGCAUCACAGUGGUUGGAAUUCCUGCAGUAGUUGCUACGACGAUCCUUCGCAGAAACGCGAUAACCUCGUUGUCGCAGGACUAAUUAGCGACCGAAUUUAUGUGAUCGAUGUUGCCAAAAACCCCAGAGCUCCUGAAAUUCUAAAGGUUAUUGAGCCUAAAGAAAUGCAUGACCUGGAUCUCAGUGCGCCACAUACUCUUCAUUGCUUAGCCGACGGUAAUGUAAUGGUGUCGUCAAUGGGUAACGCAAAGAGGGAAGCAAAAGGAUCAUUCUUCUUGAUUGAUACAAAGGAAUGGAAGAUUAAAGGUUUGUGGAGUGAAGAUUCCACGAAUUUUGGUUACGACUUUUGGUAUCAGCCGCGUCAUAAUGUCAUGAUCUCUUCCGAGUGGGGUUCUCCGUCGGCUUUUUGCACUGGAUUUUCCUUGGAUCACGUGUCUGCAGGCAUGUAUGGCCAAUCUCUGCAUGUGUGGGACUGGAAAGAACAUAAGAAAAUUCAGACCUUGGACUUGGGUAGUGAGGGAUUGAUGCCUCUUGAAAUUCGUUUCCUUCACGAACCGACUGCCACAACUGGAUUCGUGGGCUGCGCUUUGACCGCCAACGUCUUCCGUUUUCAUCAGUUGGAAGACGGUAAAUGGGCGGCGGAUAAAGUUAUCGAUGUGCCGUCGUGGAAAGUCUCCAACUGGGCUCUGCCGUCCAUGCCUGGAAUAAUCACCGACAUACUUAUUUCUAUGGACGAUCGUUUUCUCUAUCUCUCCAACUGGGUGCAAGGUGACAUACGGCAGUAUGACAUCAGCGACCCAGCCCACCCCAAGCUAGUAGGGCAGAUCUACGUUGGCGGAAGCGCCGUGAGUGGAGGGGGCGUAACCAUCUUAGAAGACAAUGUCAAAGCGCCAGAACCGUUGGUAGUGAAUGGGAAGCGAUUCCACGGUGGGCCUCAGAUGCUCCAGCUCUCCCUCGAUGGCCGGAGAUUAUACGUUACCACGUCACUUUUCAGUCCAUGGGACCGUCAAUUUUAUCCGGAUAUGGUCGAAAAAGGAUCCGUUCUGCUACAGAUUGACGUGGACGUCAAUGUUGGCGGCCUCAAGAUUAAUCCAAAACUAAUGGUCGAUUUUGGAGCGGAGCCAGACGGCCCAGUUCUUGCUCACGAAAUUCGAUAUCCCGGUGGCGACUGCAGUUCGGACAUUUGGCUCUGAAAUGGUCAUCGUCUAAACGUUACUUGUGCUGCCCAAGUUCGGACGACGUCAUAUUAUACACUGUACAAUAGCGUAGCAUCAAAUCUGGAAUAGCAAUCAAAUUGGAGAGCCGGCUCAUAAAUACACAUGGUUUCAGUUGGA